UCUCCAUCGGUCUUUCACUCACUCCCACAACCUCUUCUUCUUCUUCUUCCUCUAUCCUCACUUCUCUCUCUCUCUCUCUCUGAAAUUCUAAUGGACGUGACUCUCUCUUCGAAUCCCCAAACCCUAACCCUAAUCUCAUGCACUCCUUUCUCCUCUUCCACUUCCUCCAAGCUCCGUUCCAUCCGCAGAGAAUUCCUCGGUUACACACAAACUCUCAGGCCACUUCGCUCCCGAACAAACCACCGAAGAAGAAAGCUAGGCCUUCUUCAAUUCCAGUCCCCGAAAUUUCUCGUACAAGCUUCUCUCGAUUCUCGCUCCGUCCUCGUCGUGGUUGCCGUAGUCACUUUCUCCGCCGUCUCCGUCUUCUUCCUCAAUCGCUAUAGAAGAAAGAACAACGAUAGCGAGGUGUCAGGACCUCCAGAUUUUGUGUUAUCUGAACUAGGACAAGAUGUUAUGAACUGGGUCUUUGAAGGUCUGAAUGUGGGCUUUCGAGAGCAACACGAGGAGGAAGAAAGCAAAGGGCUAAAGGAUAAAAUCAGAGAGAAUGGCCAUGCUUCAGGGGAUGAAGAGGCCCCAUUGAUUGUUCAGACCUCUGCUUUGAUUCAUGAAGAGGCUCUUGUCAAUAAACCGAUACAGCCACCUGGUUCUGAUGUUCUCACAUCUAGUGCUAAUAUGUCUUUGCAUUCAGAUGAACCUGAAGUUAGUGGUCAAACUUUUUCACCCAGUGAGUUUGAAUCGGGUGUGCUACAUCCUCUUACUUUGGGUAAAGAAACGACUGUGUUGCAAGUGGAAGGAUCUAAAGAGGAAAUUGCUUCUGAUUCAGAGUUGCCUACACUAUUGUCUAAAAUUAAGCAUAGUGCUGCUUCUGUUAACAUAUAUGAUCCACCUGCAGAAGUGAAUGAAUAUAAUAAGCCAAAUGAUGAGCUUGGUGAAGAGCACAAAUCCAUUAGCUAUAAUGCCUUUCUUGGAGUAUCGGGUAGAGAAAAGCUUUACAUGUUUUAUGAGGCAAACAAUUCUGUGGCAAAGUCUACAGCAAAUCCCAGUAUUUUGAAAUCAUUUUCUCCUCGUGCCUCUCUUAACAAUAAAUAUUCUUCAUUGAUGAGGAACACUGCACUAAAAGGAGCAGAAUCAUCAACACAGGUUUCUCUUCAUUCUGCAGAAUAUGUUGAAGGAAAAGUACCGUUUGCAAGUGAUAAAGAAGGCCUUCCCCACAGUAGAGGGGACUCUGGAAAAGGCAAAGGGUUUCCAAGAGAUAGGGAGAUGAAACAUUUGCCUAAAAAAAAUUAUAAAAUUGCGCCCGUGUUCCCCCAGCCAAAUGGGAUGCAUGUUACUGACAAUAGUCAUCCUUCUGAACAACUUAGUGCUUACAAUCGAUUGCUAAAAGUUGGGAGGUUAACUGAGUGUGUAAAAUUGCUUGAAGAUAUGGAAAGAAGGGGUUUGUUGGAUAUGAAUAAGGUUUAUCAUGUAAGAUUUUUUGAAGCGUGCAAAAGGAAAAAGGCUAUUAAGGAAGCUUUUCGUUACACCAAGCUGAUUCCAAAUCCAACAUUGAGUACUUUCAAUAUGCUUAUGUCAGUGUGUGCAAGUUCUCAAGAUUCUGAGGGAGCUUUCCAAGUUCUGCAACUUGUCCAGGAUGCUGGACUGAAAGUUGAUUGCAAACUUUAUACAACCCUGGUAUCAACUUGUGCUAAAAGUGGAAAAGUUGACACAAUGUUUGAAGUGUUUCAUAAGAUGGUUAAUGCUGGAGUGGAACCAAAUGUUCAUACAUAUGGAGCCCUUAUUGAUGGUUGUGCCAGAGCUGGGCAAGUGGCUAAGGCAUUUGGUGCUUAUGGGAUAAUGAGGUCUAAGAAAGUGAAGCCAGAUCGAGUUGUAUUCAAUGCACUUAUUACUGCUUGCGGUCAAUCAGGAGCAGUGGAUCGUGCUUUUGAUGUAUUAGCAGAAAUGGGAGCUGAGACACAGCCUAUAGACCCUGAUCAUAUCACUGUUGGUGCUCUGAUGAAGGCAUGUGCAAAUGCUGGUCAGGUUGAUCGGGCACGAGAAGUAUAUAAGAUGAUUCAUCAAUAUAACAUUAAGGGCACUCCAGAGGUUUACACAAUUGCUGUUAGUUGUUGCAGCCAGACUGGUGAUUGGGAAUUUGCCAUCAGUGUGUAUGGUGACAUGACUAGCAAGGGUGUGGUCCCUGAUGAGAUGUUUCUCAGUGCAUUAAUAGAUGCUGCGGGCCAUGCUGGAAAGCUGGAGGCUGCAUUUGAAAUCUUACAAAAGGCCAGGGUCGAAGGAAUACAUGUUGGAAUUGUAUCAUAUAGCUCUCUAAUGGGAGCCUGUAGCAAUUCCAAAAACUGGCAAAAAGCAUUGGAUCUAUAUGAGGAUCUCAAAUCUAUGAAAAUAAAGCAAACUGUUUCAACAUUGAAUGCUCUGAUCACUGCCUUGUGUGAUGGAGAUCAAUUGCAAAAGGCUGUGGAAGUUCUAUCUGAUAUGAAGGGACUAGGAUUGUCUCCCAACAGCAUCACGUAUUCCAUACUUCUGGUGGCAAGUGACAAAAAGGAUGAUCUAGAAGCAGGCCUCAUGCUCCUUUCUCAAGCCAAAAAGGAUGGGAUUUGCCCUAACAUAGUUAUGUGUAGAUGCAUAAUUGGUAUGUGCUUACGAAGAUUUGAGGAGGCUUGUGCACAUGGUGAACCUGUUUUGUCAUUUGACUUGAGACAGCCACCGCUUGACAAUAAAUGGACCUCAGAGGCCUUAAUGGCUUACCGUGACAUAAUUGUAGCUGGUGUAAUGCCUACCAUUGAAGUUUUGUCACAAGUUUUGGGAUGCUUGCAACUCCCCUACGAUGUAUCUUUGAAAAAUAGACUCAUAGAGAAUCUAGGAGUGAGUGUUAACAUAUCGGGAUGCUCAAACCUGUGUUCAUUAAUAUAUGGGUUUGGAGAAUAUGACCCUCGAGCUUUUUCAUUAAUUGAGGAAGCUGCUUCACUUGGAAUUGUUCCCUGUGUAUCAUUCAAAGAAAGUCCAAUUGUUGUUGAUGCAAGAAACUUUCAGACUCAUACUGCUCAGGUCUAUCUCUUAACUGUUUUGAAAGGUCUCAAGCAUCGGCUUGCUGCUGGUUCUAAGUUACCUAACAUAAAUAUUUUACUGCCUGUGGAGAAGACACAAUUUCUGACUCCCAAAGGGGAGAAGACAAUCAGUCUAGCAGGAAGGGUUAGCCAGGCAAUCACAGCAUUACUGAGAAGACUUGGGAUACAGUACCAAGGGAAUGAAUCGUAUGGAAAAAUUAGAAUCAAUGGGCUAACCUUGAGAAGAUGGUUUCAGCCAAAGCUGGAUUCUCCUCUCAGUGGGAAACCAGGAGAUUGGAGUUCAUCCCAAUCACGACUGGGGAAAGAAAUUAUCCAUCAGCAGCGCGAUAUUCGAACUGGAAAUUUAUCUUUGGAUUAAUGUGUCAAUGUUUAUUGAUUCCUGCCAGGAGAGCUUCACAGUAUCUUAGGCAAUUUUCCUAGCAGAAGCUGAUGUUAUCAACAGUUUUUCCACUUACUGUCCUAAGCAUAACUUGCCACUCCAUUCUUUGAAGCUUGACACUUGUUAAUAGAUGUUGUAAGCACCUUCUACAUAUUUUGAGGAGGAAUGAUAAGAGCUGAGGAAAAUAAAGUGAAUAUAGGCUUUGACUUCAAGGUCAAUUCAUGCAAAGCGAAGGGCGAUGGAGCAUUGUACGAGCUUGUUUGUCCAUUUUUGAAAUGUAUUAAGAGUUAUAAUAAGGUCACGGUCUUGAAUUUCAAGACCAAUUCAUGUAAAGAGGGGUAGGUAUGCAGCACUGUCAGCAUGUUUUUCCAUUUUGAGAUGUAUAAUUACAAGGUUACAUACUACCUUAUUACACUUGACUGCAGCUUCAUGGCUGGCCUCUUUAAUAGGCAUUAUGAGGGUCAAUAAAUAUUAAGAGCUGUUACAUUAUAAUGUUAAUAGUUUUAUAAAAUAAA